UACAAUUCUGCCACCGAAACCGUUCUUAUUUUCUUCAACAACACACAUUUCCUUGUAAGGAUCUGAUCUGAUUGUAUUUCCUCUUCCUCACUGAUAACAACAAAGUUCAAGUAAGAGAGAAGCAGAGAGAAUUAAAGUGGUGAUUAUGGGUUCUGAAACUUUUAUUGAAGUGAUAUUAGCAAUCCUUUUACCUCCUGUUGGUGUUUUCCUCCGUUAUGGCUGUGGUAUUGAAUUCUGGAUAGAUCUGUUGCUGACUCUGCUCGGAUACAUCCCUGGGAUCAUAUAUGCCAUAUAUGUACUGGUUGCAUGAUAUGAAUAUUAUUUCUCUUUUAUUCAUAAUAUAGCUUUUAUUAUGUGUUUCUACACUUAUUUUUCCUUUCCAACAUCGAUGAGGUAGAUAAAUAAGUAAUUCGGAACAUUAGUAUAAUUUACUUUCAUUAUAGU